AUGUCGAUCCUAGCCGGAUCUGACAAAGUGGUAUCAGAGCCGAACAAUCCUCGGCUCGAAUCACAGCCAAACAGUCCUUGGCCGGAAAUAUCGUUGCCAAGCAUUCCUUGCGAUACUCUCAUCAAUUACGGGAGACCGACAAGAAAAGAAAUCUUCACCGAUAUUUUCAACUUGCUGGAAGAAAUUCGUGGUACUAGAGGUUGUCAUUUCGAAGCGGUGAACUCUCAAUCGGAGGAUUUGGAAAUUUCUGAGCCUAAAUUGCCAACCCCAUCUAAAGAACUGUCACCGAAAGAUUCUUCUAAAAUGGUGACUCCUCCAUCUUGGAUUGAACUACUCAGAUUCUCAGGCGAUAAUCCAGAGGCGUGGCUCCAAAAUUGCAACGAAUACUUCUCAAUUUUGUCUAUUCCAGAAUCCAAUCGAUUGGAGAUGAUUAAGCCCUACUUAGAAGAAGUCGCUGAGAUUUUGUUGGAAGCAAUGAUGAUGUUGAAACCUAAUAUGACUUGGCUUGAAUUCUCUAAAGGUUUGGUUAAGCGUUUCAAAGAAAAGAAUGAGGAAGCCGAAAUUCAUCUGACCCUAGGUAGCCGAGGGGAAGAAAGAGGUAAUUCUAUCAUUGUACAUGCAAUGGAUGAAUCUAAUUUCAAUGAUGAUGAGUAUGUUGGUCCUAAACUAACUGAUGAUCAUAUGGUUUCGAAUAAGAUUGAUUGUGAUGAUAGGGAAAAGUUUGAUGAAUUAUUAAAAGCGGUAAAUGAUGAUGAUAAUUUGUCUAGAAAUGUGGAUGAAAAUUUUAUGAUUUUGAAUGAUGUUGAUGAUGAUUUUCUGAUUGAUGAGCUUUUGUUUACUGGUUAUGAUGAUAACAAUUCUCCCUUAGAUUCUUUGGUUCAUGAUUUUGAAAAUUUGAAUGGGGCCGGUGCGACGUUGAUGAGUGCAACUGUUAACUCUUGUGAUGAAGAGGUUUCAAACGUGAACCUAGUUGACCCUGUAGCUUUAGAAGAUAAUUUUCUGUUUAUGGAUGAUAUUGUUUUUGAUGAAACUCCAGUUGAAGAGGAUGGGGGUGUUGAUUCUGAAUGUUUGACAGAGGAACGUGCUGAUGUUUUCCUGGUUUAUGAUGCACUGCUGAAUUCUGAUGUUAAUGUUAACGGUUUGCUUGAAAAAGUAUAUGAAAAUUCUGUGAACCUGACGGUUGUAGCUGAUGAUAGGAGUUUGCAUGAAGAAGAUGGCUCAGUGACUUUGGAAUUUAGGGAUAAAGAACUGAUGUUAGUUGGAUGUGAGAGCACUAUGGUUAGAAAAGAAUUGCUUAUUCAAAGUUUUGGGAUGGUAGCUCUUCAUUUGUCUUUAUACCUUGAGGGCAAGGAUGCUCUUAAAGGGAAAGGAGUGGUACAACCUCAUUUUGCUUUAUUUGAUAUUAGAUUGUGUGCAAUGAGAAUUCCUGAGAUGUUACUCAAGGGUGAGGAUGAAAGCACUGCAACCAUUAAUUUGAUUUCUAAGUUUGAAAUGAAUAGUCUUGAGAUGGCUCUGAAUGCUCUUGACUAUUACAGCUCUCUAUGCAAAAGGUUUUAUGUGGACAACUAUGGAGAGCAUGCUCUUAAAUUCUUCAUAGAUAGAUAG